AAAUGAGAAAGGGCCAACAUCAUUUUUUGCUAUACCGUUCAGCUACAAUGUUAGUUAGGAAUGGUGAAGACGGUAAAAUGUAGUUUCAAUGAUCUUGGCCACAAAGCAAAUCAUUCCUAGCGCGUAGCUAGACGGGUGAUGAAGUAGCUGUGUUGCCAAGAGGCGCGCGUGCGGGUCAAAAAUCUCAGAAGCUCACUGAUCAAUCACAGUAAAUUGAAAUUAUUAUUUGCAAUACUAGUAACUACCAAACGGUUCGGACGAUAAUACUUAUGCUGUGAGUUCGAAGAUAUCCUGUGACUUUCAAUCAUCAUGGAGCGAAUCACUAGGCCCAGAAUGCUGGCCAUAGUUUUGAUAUUUGGAACGUGUACGCUGCUAAUCUACAUGACCGGGUCGCAAUUCUCGUCGGGCCGCAAUGAGAACAUGCCAGGAUCGGUAGCACGCAUCGCCCAGCGGCGGCUGAUGGAAGUGGAGGAUUAUGAUAGGAAAGAGCGAGGUAUAAUCCGCACGAAGCGUGGCGAGAAUCUGGACCGAUCUAAGCCGGUGAAGUGCAACGGGACGUUCUGGUAUCGCUUCGGUAAGCCGUGGCGAGCGUUCACCGUGGAAUCCCUGUCCUUUGCCUUCAAAACGGACAGGCCUGAUCGCAAGUCUGUGCUUGUGUAUGGGCAGAGCCUCGAUGGCGUCUUCAUGCCAGGCGCUGUGUGCUACUUUGGCAUGGUGAUGCAGAAUAACGGCUCGCUGCUGAUCGUGUGGCGGGUACAGGGAGCCGAGGAGUCGGCCAGGAUCCAACUGGCGGGGCGGUUCGAUGACGGAGCAUGGCACGUUGUUUCCGUCAUGGCACAGGAGAACUCUCUGCAGAUCGCCGUGGAUCAUCGUCAACAAACCAGUGCGGGAGAAAGUAAGACGUUGACAUUUAACACUAGCGAUCAUGCCGUGCCUGGUGCUCAUCGUGUCCGGGUCGACUCGGGCGUGUACUUUGGCGGAGUGCUGGACACCAAGUCCCUGCUGGCGUACGACGUGCUGGGCGACACCACGCAGUUCAACGGCUAUCUGUCGCGUAACGUGCACCUGAACGGACUGGCGCUGGACUUGGAGCGCAUGCGACGCGGCUUCACGGAGGACCGGGCCGGCCCACACCUGCUCGACCAGCUGAAGUAUGAUCCGUCGGGGCCACUCCAGGCGCUCGUGCCUCCUCGCGUGAUCCUGGACGACUUGCCGGCUGGCAGACGGUUCCCGAUUGUGAGCGCCGUUAGCCAGAAUCACGCCGAGGAGCUGGUUGACAUGGUGGGAUCGGCGCGUAAGCACAUGCAGCAGAGAGGGGUGGUGGUCUAUGACAUAGGCCUGGAGGGCGACUGGCGGCGGCGCAUCGAACGCCUCUGCAACACAACCGUGCGCUGGUUCCGCACGGACCUCUACGGCGGCCAGAUGUACCAGCUCAAAUACUAUAUGUGGAAGCCGAUCGUGGUGCAGGCAGUGAUCCAGGAGUUCGGCGGAGCGCUGUGGGCCGACUCGUCCAUACGUUUCCAGCGGCCCAUCAGCGAGAUGAGAGAGCUGAGAUCUGGGUUUGGCGUGGUGGGCUUCGAGCCGCUGAACGCCGGACCGACGGGGGCGUUCACGCACGACGGCACGCUGCACUUCCUGGGAGUCGAGCGGCGGGAAGUCGGCAGGCAGCCGAUCGCUGUCGGCACCAGCCAGGUGUGGUUGGACGUGCCGUACGUGAGGAACGUGGUGAUGCGUAUGUGGUUCCGCUGCUCUCUGGAUCUGAAGUGUAUGGCGCCGGACGGUGCCAGGCUGUGGCCGUGCGACUUUGGACAGCAGUACUCGGGCGACUACAUCGGCUGUCACCGCUACGACCAGAGUGCACUGGGUGUCGUGCUCUACAAGAGCUUCAAGGGGACGGGCAUCAACGCCAGCGAGUACAUACGCCGCGAUCCGCGUGACCUGGAGUUCGUCGACAUUGUGCGGCACGUGACGCACGACUUUCCCGUCUGCGAGAAGAGCGAGAACGUCGGCGAGCCGUGCGCGUGUCCCAACGAUGACACAACAGCGCGCAAGCCCAAGUCUGUGCCUGCUGCUGCAAUCGGCGAGGACAGAAGUUCCACUUUGGACAAGCACCCGGUAAAACAUGCACUCGAGAUAAGUCCAGAUUCCAAAGACACGUCGGAGGCGCCGGCUAUAGCACAUGGCAAGGCUGCUGCGGACGACAACGAGAACUGGCAGCCACGCGAAUGGAACCUGAGGUGAGACUAGGUUGGCACGGGCCACCAAAGUAUAACUUGCAGCAAGACUAGGCUGAUGUCUGACACUGUACAUGUUGACACUGUCCAGCCCCCGGCGGUCAUGACUUUGCCAUACUGGCGGCUUUUCCUCUAGCGCCACAGCUUGAUCGGUACAGCUAGGUAUACCAAUUUUUUUCUUCUUUUUUUUCUUACUUUUUCGUUCCUUUGUUAGAAAGGGUCAUUGAAGUGACAUGAUAAAAAAUUAAUAUGUUGAGCUGAAUAUCAGGAAAAGAAAAGCUACACAUCUCAAGCUAACUUAUUCUUCACCACCAUCUUCAAUAAGGACUCCGAAUUUCUUGGCCCAGUGAGCUGAAUUUAAUUAUUUGUUUUGAAGAUUUGAAGUUUGAGUAAGAUUAUUAUGAACCGCAGUGCCACUCGGGAUUGGGCUAUUCUGCUCAGCUGUCCAUGCCAUUCCCUGUUUUGUGGGAAACACAAAGUGUGUGUGAAUUCACUUUGCACUGUGCUUUAGUGGAGUGGUGAGUCGCCGUGACUCUCGCGGAAGCACUAUCUAAGGUGGCUCACACAAAACCAGCGCUAGCCCCCCCCCCCCCCCCCGGGUCGACCAGUCGCGGCAUGGACUUCGAUCGCGGCAUCUGGUCCGUGUGAACUUUCACGAUCGAGAGCUGUUUUUUACGGUUUCAAAUUUUAGCAGAAUGCUCUGUGUUAUGUCCACACGGUCGUGCUGACAUGUUUCGAAGGACAUCUUAGAUCAUUAAUAAUAAUUACUUGUAUUAUUUUCAAUAUCCAAUACAGUCUGAUGUCAGGAAGUAUUACUGUAAGACAUGUAUAUAUAACGAGGAAGCAAAUCUAACGUUUUAACGGAUGACAUUUCUUCGUUAUAAUAAGAUCCGUUGAGGCCGUACUGCUUCAUAUAUGCUGUGUGUGGAUAUGGCAGAAUACUGCAAGAUCGUUAACAUAUCUUCUCGUUAACCUAUGAAUUUUGGACAAUCGUUAAAUUUGCUACUCGUUAUAAUAACAUGUCUUACAGUACGCAUUAGUUUCUGAGAAUGUUUUAUAACGUUUAGUCGCACGUCCUCUUCAUAAAGGCUUUCGUGCCAGAAUAUCCAUACCCUCCUCUUUUCUAUUUAUUUCAUCUUCACGGUUGUUCUGAUUCCUCUUUAUGUAGUAGUCAGUACUGUUUAGCUAUUGAAGUACAGUCAACUCCACUUAUACAGUCAACUCCACUUAUACAGUCAACUCCACUUAUACAGUCAACUCCACUUAUACAGUCAACUCCACUUAUACAGUCAACUCCACUUAUACA